CUCUGUUAGAUAGUCUGCAUGCGUGAAAAUCAUUUUCUAAAUGCCUGUCAGGAAGUAGUUGUAUUCACAGUAGUGUUUAAUUAUGUCGCAGCAACAACGCAUACCUCAAAACAAAGAAGCACUGCUUCAGUCCUAUACAAAACGACUGAAAGACGAUAUUAAAUCCAUGUUGGAUAAUUUCACAGAAGUCAUCAAAUUAGCUCGGAUGGAGGAAGAUUCAGAAAGUAUGAAAACAGCUCUAGCACGUGCGUGUUUGAGUGAACAAGACCAUUAUGAGAUGCAAGUCAGAUCUGCAAACAUUGUGCGAGCUGGUGAAUCAUUAAUGCAGCUUGUGUCAGAUCUGAAACAAUUCUUAAUUCUGAAUGACUUUCCAUCGGUGAAUGAAUCAAUUGCCUCAAACUCUCACCUGUACAAACAACUGCAAGGUGAGGUGGACAUUAAACUGAUGGGCUUGAGAGAUGAAAUGGCUGCAGAUCUGUAUGAACUGGAAGAAGAGUAUUAUUCUUCUGUAUACAAAUAAUGGAAACAAGACAGACAUCAUUGAUACUCUUGAAGUUUUCGUCUGCAGAGAAACAUUGUGGUUUCUAGUAUUUACAUUGUAGGGCUCGAAAUAGUGAUAUAUGCAAAAAACAGUCUAAUUGUUACACUUAGCAGGUGAAAUAGAAAUUCACCUGCUAAACCCUCUGCCAAAAUCUGAUAUGUGGUCUGAUUCUUGUUGCAAUUCAAUUCUAUAAUGCUCUAAAAUACAUCUCAGAGGUCCUAAGUUUUCACAUACAUCCCAAACACUCCCCUCAUCACAUGCUGUCCUAUUUCCAACAGGCCAUAGUUUUUCUUAGCAGGACAUUUUCGUUUUUGGCCUGCUACAUGUGUGUUAACCUUUUUUUGUCUAUGCUGAAUUGAGGUCAUGAAUUGAGCCAUUUCAUGGUUCUAAACAAACAGCAGUGCACUGUCACAUCUACUAUGUAGUUAUACAAACAGCAUGCCGAAGGUCAUCACACUACAUAAGGGUGAACAAAAAACCCAGAACGCCAUUUGUUACAUUCUUUUUCGAGCCCUGCCUUUGAAACACAUCGACAUGUAAAUGAGAAAGAAAAAAAUCCCCCAAAAAACCAUAAAUUGUUAACAAAUGGAAGUUUUUGUUGUUUCAGUGAUUGUGAGAUCUACCAUCUUUGUGCUGGAUACAUGUUUCUGUGUUGUUAAUUAUUUUCAAGAAAAGGAAGAAUGUUUAAGGACAUUACUUCAUUAAAUUGUUUAUAUCAGUGACACUAAUAUAGUAACAGUGCACUUGGUAUGUUUAAGAGAAGAAACUAGUUUCCUCUGAUUUCUUCAAAUGUGAAAAGGAAAAAAAAGAGAAGAAUUUAAGAAAAUGGUGUUUGUGAAUGUGCGUUCUCAAAUAUUAUUUUACUCUGAACGACAAAACCAUAACAGUAUUGAUAUACUUCACUGCUGAUGUAGCUAUUCUAUAUAGCAAUUGCAAGCUUGUGGCAGUUGUACAUAUAGCUGGUGAAAUUGACAUUUUUGUGUAUCUUUGAUGCUGACUUGCAUUGAUGAAAAUAUAAAAUUUAAACUGAAUGAACAAAUAAAUGAAUGGUACCUGGA